AACACUCGCUUACUCACUCCUCCAUUUUAUUAAUACUUUAUUAUUACUUCAAUCUCCCAACGCGCGCGAAUUUGAAUUUAUUUCUCCCCAUUUGAAACACCAAAUCUCAUCUCAUCUCCUCGAAUAAAGAGACAGAGUUGAUGAGGAAUAAGGCACCGAGCGGUAAUACCAAGAGGCGGAGGCCGAGCAGAGUCAUGGUUAAAGGCACUUUGUCCACUCAUUUCAUGGUCCAGCUGGAUCAGGCCUCCCUCAAGCCCUCACGCUUCCACAACCCCCUUGAUUCCAAACCCCAAUCCGACUCCAUGCCCCUCGAUUUCGAUGCCGACGACAAAGAUUUCAUCCUCAGCCAGGAUUUCUUCUGUACCCCUGAUUACAUCACUCCGGAGAUGCCAGCAAUUGGAAGCAACCUAGAUUGGAGCAAGGAAAAUAUUGAAUGUCCCAAAUCACCUGAGAAAGUUAAGACCCUUACGAGCAAGCGGCAAAAAUUCGAUGUUGAUUUAAAAACAUCUUUUGGAUCACCUGAUAUUGGUUAUCAUCCAUUUGGAGAUCUGGGAAAUGAUACUUUGAGGACCGAUGUGAUGAAGACUGGAAGUCCAGUUGAGUUGCAAAGUAGUCGUGGUGGUUACGUUUCACAAUCUGCAGUGGCAUUAAGGUGCAGAGUUAUGCCUCCCCCAUGCCUAAAGAAUCCAUACGUCAAGAAUGCUUCAGACUUUGAUGUUGAUCCUUUUAGCAAUCAAAGAUCAAAAUGUGCAGGUUAUUUUUCCGCUGGUGUUGGUGGUGAUGGCCUUUCACGCUAUCGGACAGAUUUUCAUGAAAUUGAGAAAAUUGGCAGUGGCAACUUCAAUCAUGUUUUCAAAGUACUGAAGAGGAUUGAAGGUUGUAUGUAUGCAGUGAAACAUAGCAUGAAACAGUUGCAUCAGGAAACAGAAAGGCGGAAGGCUUUGAUGGAAGUUCAAGCUUUGGCAGCUUUAGGGUAUCAUGAGAAUGUAGUUGGAUACUACUCUUCUUGGUUUGAAAACGAGCAUCUUUACAUCCAGUUGGAGUUGUGUGAUCACAGCCUUUCUGUCAACACAUUACCCAAAUUAUUGACAGAGGUAGAAGCUUUAGAUGCCAUGUAUCAGAUUGCAAAAGCACUGCAGUUUAUACACAGUCGAGGCAUAGCUCACUUAGAUGUAAAGCCAGAUAAUAUUUAUGUAAAAGAGGGAGUUUAUAAACUUGGUGAUUUUGGUUGUGCAACUACGAUUGAUAAAAGCUUGCCAGUUGAAGAGGGGGAUGCACGCUAUAUGCCCCAAGAAAUCCUCAACGAGGACUAUGAUAAUCUAGACAAAGUUGAUAUAUUCUCCUUAGGAGCUUCCAUCUAUGAAAUCGUGAAGGGGUCGCCCUUGCCCGAAUCAGGUCCCCACUUUCUCCAUCUUAGGAAAGGAAAGCUGCCUCUUCUUCCAGGCCACUCAAUACAGUUCCAGAAUUUAAUCAAGGCCAUGAUGGAUGCUGAUCCUGCUCGGAGACCAUCUGCUAGAGAGGUAGUUCAAAAUCCAAUAUUUGGGAGGCUUCAAAACAACAGAAAAAACUUCUGAAUCGAAUGCAUCCAAUCAGUUCUCUUGACAAGAUCUGUUGUAUUUGUAUAUUUUGGCCAUGGUUGAAGGGAGUAUGAGAAAUGGAGUCGAGGGAAGGAAAUGCUGCACAUUAUUGACUCCAUUUCGGAGCACCAGAUUUUCCAAUGUGACGGUGCUCUGUGGAGGAAUAUAUAGACGAAGGGCACCAGUGCCUCCAUGUAGUGCACCAGAUUAUUUCCAAUGUGAUGGUGUUUGUUUUUUGCAUAAACUGAGAAAAUGUAAAAAACAGACUUCUUUUGUGAUCAUAUUCAGUGUGAAUUGGCGUUCAUAUUCUAA